AUGAAUUAAAUUCAUUUUUUUACUAUUGUAAAAUCAAUUAUUAAAUGUAGUAAUUUAUCGAAUAUUUUACAAGAGAUUAAAUAUUGCCAUCAUUGGCUGAUUUUGUUCGCAUUCCAAACUUAAGUCCUUAAUUCGAUCCUUAAUGGUAGGAUAACGGUCUUCUUGAUAAAGCUAGUAAUCACAUAGUGUCUUGGAUUGAAGUAAUAUAAUUAAGUUAUCUAGUAAUAAAAAAUCCCGAAUUGUAAAGUAGAAAUGUUGUCAAUAUAAGGAGCCCCUAAAGCGAUUCAUGUUAGUAUUAAGGCUUAAAAUCCAAUAACUGUGUUUUAUUAUGGUCAUUAUGACAAGUAACCUCACUUCCCUGGAUGGAGGGAUGGAUUUGGCCCUACCAUACCUGUAAUAGAAGGGCAUAGAAUGUUUGGAAGGGGAGUUGCAGACGAUGGUUAUGCCCCAUACGCAGCUAUUGCUGCUUUGUAAACUUUGUUAUCCCAAGGGCUUGAACAUCCAACCAUUGAAAUGCUGUUUGAAGGAGAAGAGGAAAGUGGAAGCAAUUUUCUAAUGCAAUAUUUUGAUUUAUUAGAAUUAAAAAGGGUUGAUAUAAUGGUAGCAUUAGAUUCUGGGAGUGGAGAUUAUGAGAGGUUAUGGUUGACGAGUUCACUUAGAGGUUCAAUGAAAAUUGACUUAUGUGUGAAAGUAUUAGAAAGUCCUAUUAAUACUGAUGAUGGUGGAAAUGUUCCAUAAGCUUUGAACAUUAUAAGAGUACUAUUAAAUAGAUUGGAAGAUCCAGUUACUGGUUAAGUUCAUAAAUCUCUGUAAACGAUCAUUCCAGCUGAUCGUUAUGAAGAAUGUUUAUAAUCUGCUGAUUUAGUGCAAAUUGAGUUUUCUAGAUAAUGCGAUAAAAUGGAAUCCUGCAGAGUAAAAUAAUAUAUUAAUCGAAAUUGGAAACCAGCUGUUUCUUAUAUAGGGUAGGAUGGAUUCCCUUCAACUAGAAAAAUGAUUGAUUAAAUAAUUCCAGAGCUUAUAAUAAGAUUGUCUAUAAGGUUACCACCAAAUAAAUGUGCCAAAGAGGCUGCCAAUUUUGUGAAGUAAUUGCUUGAAAAAGAUCCCCCAUUUAAUGCCAACGUAACAGCCAACAUCAUUGCUGCAGGGUCAGGACUAAAUCUUAAGUCUUUUAGUCCUAAAUUAAAAGAUAUCCUAAAUACAGCCUCUAAACUCUUUUUUAAUGGCAAUGAAUCUAGAGUUUUUCAUGAAGGGGCUUCUAUUCCAUUUUUAAAUUAAUUAAACUAAAGAUCUCCUUAGGCUGAAUUCCUUGUUUUAGGAGUGCUUGGACCUGAUUCAAAUGCCCAUGGGGCAAAUGAAAUGUUAGAUUUGAAUUAUAUGAAAGGAUUAAUAGGCUGUUUGGCCUAUACAAUGAAUUAAUUUAUUAAAUCAUGAUUGAAAAUGUUAG